GGAUUUUUGGGGUGGUUUUUUUUUUUGUUUUUUUUUUUUUUUUUUUUUUUUUUUUUUGUUUGGGUCUUUUUUUACCAUAGAGCUAGAUAAAAGAACACUGCAAAGAUGCAGCGCGUUUACCUGCCUGGCUGUGGAAGCAGCUAGUGUUGUUUUGCAAUACCUUGUAGAAAGAUUGUGCUGGAAAUGCCCAAAUUCUGGUGCAAACUCCUCCACGUAGCUGGGUCUGGUGAUGUUUCAGAGCUGCUGCCCUGGCUGCGGGGGGCAGAUGCGCAAGUGCCUGCGUCUCCAGUGAAACUCCUUGGAGGAAAGAAGCUGGAAACAGCCAAACCCAAGAGGCCCGCUGCAAGCGAGCAAAGGGAAGCAGGAAUCUGAGCCGGCUAUAACCAUGGAAAGCCUGCAUGAUGCCAACAGCAGAUUUGCACUUGAUCUGCUCAGAAGAUUUAAUGAGACCAACCCAACAGGGAAUGUUUUCUUCUCUCCUGUCAGUGUCUCUGCUGCUCUGGCCAUGGUCCUUUUAGGGGCCAGAGGUAAUACGGAGGCACAGGUGCUGAAGACGCUUCAUUUUGACAAAGUUGAAGAUAUUCAUUCAAGAUUCCAGAGUCUGGCUAUGGAUAUAAGCAGAAGCAAUGCUCCCUAUCUCUUACGCCUUGCCAAUCGGCUUUUUGGAGAGAAGUCCUACAGCUUUUUGCCGGAUUUCCUGACUAAUACUCAGAAAUUAUAUGGAGCCGAUUUGGCUACAGUUGAUUUUCUUCAGGCUUAUGACGAAGCCAGGAAAGAAAUUAACCAGUGGGUAGAGGAGAAAACUGAAGGUAAAAUCCCUAAUCUGCUACCUGAAGGAUCGGUUGACAACAUGACCAGGCUUGUACUGGUGAACGCUAUUUAUUUCAAAGGGAACUGGGCAGAGAAAUUUAAAGAAGCUGACACCACCAACAUGCCAUUUCGGUUAAAUAAGAAUGAAAGAAAGACAGUGAAAAUGAUGUAUCAGAAAAAGAAAUUUCCUUAUGGCUACAUCCCUGAAGUGAAGGUCCGUGUUUUAGAGCUGCCUUACGAUGUAAGAGAACUUAGUAUGAUCAUUCUGUUACCCGAUGACAUUGAAGAUGACGCCACUGGACUGCAGAAGCUGGAAAAGCAGCUGACCUUAGAGAAGCUCCACGAAUGGACACGUCCAGAGCAUCUAUAUUCUGCUGAUGUUCAUGUGCAUUUGCCAAAGUUUAAGCUAGAAGAGAGCUAUGACCUGAAAUCAGAUUUAGCUGCUAUGGGCUUGCUGGAUGUAUUUGACAGUAGCAAGGCUGACUUGUCGGGAAUGUCAGGGGCACGUGACCUUUUUCUCUCAAAAAUUGUCCACAAGGCUUUUGUAGAAGUGAACGAGGAAGGCACGGAAGCCGCGGCCGCCACUGCUGGCAUUGCUAUGCUCUGCAUGGCUAUGGAAGAGGAUUUCAAUGCUGACCAUCCUUUCCUUUUCUUUAUUCGCCACAACCCAACGCGAAGCAUACUCUUCUUUGGCCGCUAUGCUUCUCCAUAAAAGAGAACUUAGCAUUUGCAAAUCAGUUCCUGCUGUAGUCAAUUAAAGGUUUGCUCCCAAAUGAGUUGGAUUUUUAUGUAAAAAGUUAAUGCUCCUGUCCUUCGUUCCUAGUACUUUUGAGAUUCUGCCUUUCCCAUUAAAACCAUCCUAGAAAAACUGGGGUAUAAUUUACUUAUUUAUUGAGAUUGACACCAUCUUUAAUAACUAGGAAAAUCUUACCUGUAGACAGAAGAAAUCUUUUGAAAUUGGACUAGAAAUAUAAAUACUCUUGGAAGAAACUUGUGCCUUUUAAAGCACAGGAUCACCACCCUCUAUGCAUAUGGGUUUCUCCGUGUUGACAGCCCCCUCUUGUAAUAACUUAAAAUAGUCCAGUCAUUCCUUAUGCAGGUAUACUAGGAUGUUCUUGCAAAGCUGAUCCUCCCCUAAAGUCUUGCUUUUCAGUGAUACCUUAAUAAAAUACUUCUAGGUGGCAAAAGGCAUGUUCCUGAACAGCUGAGUUUACCCAGUUUGUCUGAAAUAGAAGGUCAGAUAACAUUUGUUUAAAGACAGCUAUUAAUAGAGAAAGGAUUAAGCUAGUUAAACAAAAGUAACCCCUUCCAGUCAUUAGCCAGAAAACUUGCAGUACAGCUUUUGAAUGAGGGGAAGAAACAAGUAGCAACUUUAGGUAACAUGUUUAUAGAGAAUUUUCCAAAUUUAUACUCUGGUGCCAUUUUAGUUACUGAAAACAUGAAAAUGUGUCAAGACUUAAGAGGUUUUAGGUGCUUGAAGCUAAUGGGUGCUUUUCUGCAAAUUGAGAAGCUUUCAGUAUGACGUUACAUUCUGGCCAGAACCUGUGUGAUUCUCAAACAAUACUUCAGCAUCCCAGAGGAUGACUCUGUAUAACCUGCAAUAAAUAUGUGAUGUAUCUGUGUUCAAGGGUUCAACAUUUAGUGAGCUGACUUCCACUACCUCUUUAUACGCAAAUCUUGUGCAUUGUACAGCAGCCUUACGCCUGGGAGCUACUGUAAUUGCAUUCUGCUAGUGUUCUGUGUUUAUUUCUGGAGGUUCCUUGCUUGUAUCAUGUGUGUCUUGGGUACUGUAACAUUUACCUGUACAAACUCAGUUCUAAGUUGGGCACAAUAAUUUCUUUAAUUGCAAAUUGUAUAUUAAUUUUGUCUUUAAACAACAAAUACAUUUUUUUUUUCUUAA